GCAACUGGUGGACAAAUUGAUAGAAGAAGAAGAAGAAGAAGAAGAUCAAUGAGAAAGGUGCAGCUGGUGGACAAACUGAAAGAACUUUCUCAGCUGGUGGACGAACUGAAAGAAAAAGAAGAAGAACUUUCUCAGCUAGUGGACGAACUGAAAGAAGAAGAAGAGGAGGAAGUGGAAGAAGAAGAAGAAGAAGAAGAAGAAGAGGAAGAGGAAGAGGAAGAGGAAGAGGAAGAAGAAGAAGAAGAAGAGGAAGAGGAAGUGGAGGAGGAGAAAGAGGAAGAAGAAGAAGAAGAAGAAGAAGAAGAGGAAGUGGAGGAGGAGAAAGAGGAAGAAGAAGAAGUAGAAGUAGAAGAAGAAGAAGAGGAAGAAGGAGAAGAGGAAAAGGAAGGAGAAGAGGAAGGAGAAGAGGAAGUGGAAGAGGAAGAAAAAGAAGAAGAAGAAGAGGAAGAGAAAGAGGAAGUAGAAGUCGAGGAAGAAGAAGAAGAAGAAGAAGAAGAAGAGGAAGUGGAGGAGGAGAAAGAGGAAGAAGAAGAAGUAGAAGUAGAAGAAGAAGAAGAGGAAGAAGGAGAAGAGGAAGAGGAAGAAGAGGAAGGAGAAGAGGAAGUGGAAGAGGAAGAAAAAGAAGAAGAGGAAGAGAAAGAGGAAGAAGAAGAAGAUAGCGAAUUACAAGCACCUGAGGUAUCCAAAUCCAAAGUACCAAAGGCUGCCAAGAACUGUUGUUUCUUGGCCUAAGAAUAUUACACUCACCUAUCAAGCGAUACUUACCCCUUCUGGUGGAGUUUGGCAAGAUAAUGGUGUUUGCAUUACCACAGAAGCAGGGAGUUAUCUUCAGAUUCCUCCCUUCAAUAAAACAGUCGGAAGCAGUAAUUAUCCUAAAAUCAUUUAUCUGAGUAAGUCCAAUACCACAUUAGCGUGUGAACACAAAGCAGGGAUAGCCAUUGCUUUGGAAGAUCGCCUUUUUUAGCUGUUCCUCAUCUGUAAUACCGCGCUAUUUUCGUUCUCAAACUCAUUAAUUGUUCUCCUAAUUCUAAAUUUGUACAUUAAAAUUCUGUUCCUUGAACUCAAAUUUUGUUCCGAUAAUCCAAAUCUGAUAAUUUCAUUAAUGUUUGAUGCAGGCCUCUACUUUGUUUCAAUACAGCUUUUACCCCUGGCAGCAAUGAUCAGACUCAGUGCAAUACCACAGUAACACACAAAGCAGGGACAGCCAUUGCUUUGGAAGGAACCCCUUUUCUGAUAUACUUGAUUUACAAUACUCGCACAUUGGAGCUAUAUGCAUCUGUAAUGUGUGUAAAUUUUUAUCUUUAGUUCUUUGAUAAUAAAAUUUUAGUUUAU